CUAACCAGAGUUCUCUCUCUAAGAAUGUCAUCAACAAUGAUAAAAACCCAUUAACAGAUAAAAGAGCUCUCUUUGUUCUACCUUCUUUUAGCAAAAAUAUCCAAUCACUUAGUAAUAUGUUUCAGAAAAACAAAAUUCCCACUCUACAGCCAAAGCUGCUGCUGCAAAAAAACCUCAAGUUUUUCUAGUAUUGCUCCAAACAAAGAAAAACUCUUCUGAGAGAGAAAGAGAGAGAGAGGGGAGUUCUCUCUCUCUUCCCAUCAAUCUCAUCAGAUCAUCAACCCCUCUCCCAUCCCUACCCUAUCCCAACUCAUAAUAAAAGCUAUUCAUCUCCAAAAUCUCUUCUUUUGGCUGCCUCUCCAUUUCCAUUCUAUGUCCUCAAAUAUGGAAAUUCUCUAAUGUAUCAAUCAUUAAUCAGCACUGAUCAGCGGAGUCUUCCCUUCUUUAUUACCAAGUAUUUCUCUUUUUCUCUUCCUGACUGUGUUGUUUUCAUAUCAACAGUGACGUCUGCCAGAAAAGUAGACUUAGCUGCUAGCGAGCUGAAAGAAUUAUAACAAACCAAAAGUUUCAGUUCCUUCACUUGUCUUCAACAGUUUCAACUUUGCUCUAUCUGUCUCUCUUUACUUUUCCUUUUGUUAGGUCUAUAUUAGACUGUCUUAUUGUCACUCAAAAGUGUUUUAUCAUCACCCCAAAAGGAAAGGAAACCCUAGUUAAGAUCGAAAGUAGUUGGACGAAAGAACAAAGAAGAGAGAAAUAUCCCAUCAGCAACACACCAACACGUCUUUUUGUACCCCAAAAUUUAAUAAAAUCCAAGGAGCGUUCUGUUUUAGAGCUAUUAAACCUGUGCACCCUCCAUGGAUUCAAUUCGAGAAAUGGAUAGCUCCAACUCCGAAAACGCCAGCCUUAACGUUAGCAAUAACGGUACCGCUUCACUUGCUUCCUCAUCUUCUCCGUCGUCAUCUUCAACCUCGAGCCGCUAUGAGAACCAAAAGCGCCGUGACUGGAACACCUUUGGCCAGUACCUGAAGAACCAUAGGCCCCCACUUUCCCUCUCCAGGUGCAGUGGAGCUCACGUCCUGGAAUUCCUUCGCUACCUCGACCAAUUUGGCAAAACCAAAGUCCACACCCCAAUCUGCCCCUUCUACGGCCACCCGAACCCGCCAGCCCCUUGCCCUUGCCCACUCCGUCAAGCCUGGGGUAGCCUCGAUGCUCUCAUCGGCCGCCUCCGUGCUGCCUUCGAAGAAAAUGGAGGAAAACCUGAAGCAAACCCAUUUGGGGCACGGGCUGUGAGGCUUUAUCUUCGUGAGGUUCGUGAUUUGCAGUCAAAAGCAAGAGGGAUUAGCUAUGAGAAGAAGAAGCGUAAGCGACCACCAGCUCAACAAAUCCCAACUCUGCCACCACCACCAGGUGCAAAUUAAAUAUGCAUCAACAAAACCCCAUAUAUGCAAGCAGUUUACUCUCUACUAUGAGUAAAUGCUUCUCCCUGGUUGCUACUUGCUUGAUUUAUGUGGGGUCGUUUUCUUUACUUUUAUCAUCAGUUAUAUGGUCUUUAAGACAGUAUAUUUUUAGGGUAGUUUUACUUUUCUAUGCUUUCUAUUUGCUGUUAGAGUGGUAAAAAACUGGUAAUGUUUUAGCGAUUUGGGGAUUCCUUGAAUCUACUUUUGAUGCAAACAGUGUUAGUAUAAUCAGUAAUGGACUAAUAGUAGUACUACAAAAGUCUUUCUAGGAGUGAUUGUACUAGCAGUUGUUGCCUAAGUGGAACUGAGAGCAUCUAAUUGCUCAUGGUUUUUUUAUGUACUUUGAAUAUUCAUGUAUGCCAAACCAUAUAUAUUUGCAGGUUUCAUCUGUCUUCA